UCACAAUUUGAAGGUGGGCGGCAGGAUGGAUGGCACAAAUUAAAACCCAAUGCUAUUCCUACUAUUUUUGUAAAUGAGGAAAUUGUUACUGAAGGUUUACGAGAUGAAACUGAAUCUUCUGCAACUAUUUUUUCUGAAGAAAGUUUACGAGAUAAAAUUGCAUCUUCUGCAACUAUUUUUUCUGAAGAAGGUUCACGAGAUGAAACUGAACCAAUUGCAACUAUUUUAUUUGAAGAAAAUGUUAUUAAUGGUGACACAAAUGUUCAACAUGAUGAUCGUCAGCCUGUGUUUGUUUCCGCAGAUACCGGAACUCAAACUGCGGAAGAUAGUAAUGUUACAACAUUCCAAACUGCAUACUAUUCUAAUAAUAAUGGAACAAUCAGACAAGCCAAUUUAAUUAAAUAUUUUAAGAAAGAAUUAGUUCACACACAACAAAAAAAUAAUAUACUUAAAUCAAAACUUGGAAAAGAAAGGCUGUUGAGAUUAAAAGCUGAGAAGUGCACAAAUGCCCACAUAAAAGCAUACAAAAACUUGAAAAAAAAAUAUGCAACACUAUCGAAAAGAUUGGAAGAAAUGCCAAUUCUUAAACAAUUUGCAUCAGGGUUAAUUGGUCCACGAUCAAAAUGGUCUCCAGAAUGUUUAAAAUUGGCUACGCAAAUAAGAUAUGCUGUAGGAUGGAAAGCAUAUUUGUAUUUAAAGAAAGAUAUGGGAUUACCUCUUCCAUCUUAUUCCACAUUAUGUAGACAUAUAAAUAAACUAGAUUUUAGCCCUGGCGUGCUAAAAGACGUGAUUUCCUUAAUGGAAAAAAAAAGAAAAACUCACAAAUCUUCACAUCAAUCGGAUUGUGUACUUUUAAUGGAUGAGAUGGAUAUUCAAAAAACGUUGGAGUAUGAUGUCAGCACAGAGCUCAUUGCCACAGCACCAUCAAUCUACUGGUCGUCUGUAGUGAGCGCCUCGUUUGACCACGUUGCGACUGAUCACAACGACCGUUGGUUGGAGUUUUUCCACUGA